GAUUCUUCUUAAGUGCAUUAUUUUUCUUCUGCCAUCAGCUUUUAAUUAUGUCAAAUUCGGGCCUUUUCCAAGUGAAGGAAGAUGAGAAAAAGAUUAAAUCCAGUGAUGACAUACAACUGCCCACGUCAACAAAUCCAGAUAUUUGUACAUAUAAUGUUGCACCAGGUGAAGAUCGUACCGUUGACCGAAAACAAGAUGAAAAUAACCCAAAUGAUGAUGAUGAUGCUGCUAUCAUGAACAAAAAAUUAUUUGAGGAAGAUUGUUCAGAGGAUCCGGAUAAAGGAAGGUCAUGUUUGGGACAAUACGAUAAAAUUGAAACGAUACAGAGAAGAUCAACACAGCCCCAACGCGAGCACGAUGACACGCACAAAUCGAUAAAUAACACCAACGAUGAUGGUGACGACAGUGAUGGAUUUACAACGCCAACUUCUUCGGAUCACAAAAUCCCAUUGAUGACAACGUGCCCACCUGCACCCAAAAAAAGUACUAAAAGAAAAUUAUCAGCUUCACCAAGCAUACAUCCAACCCUCCACGUUGACUUUGAAUCCACUGUUGAUGAGGAGAAAGAUUUGGGAAUCAAUAAAGUAAGAAAACUUGAUCACCAAGAAUGAACUGCAUUUCCUAUAGCUACUAAAGGUGAGAACUAAUAUUCAUCCUAUACAGUAAUCCAUCAUUAGCUAAUUACACUUAUCUUUAUAUUCUAUGGACUUAUGUUACAUAAGAUGAUAGUGUAAAGAUUUUCUACACUAUUAGUGUAAUAAUUUAACAUGUAAUAGCAUAUAUUUUACCAAUUAACAUUUACAUGUAAUUGCUCUAUAAGUGAUUGUAUAAAAAAUUUACACUGUCAUCUCCUUUGUUGAUGAGAUCUAGGAGUACUCCAUAUCUUUUAAUUUCUGGAUUUUCCACUUUUGAAGAUUCUAGGUGAAUUGUGAUGCAUAUUAUUCCCAGAACUUGUGUAUUCUA